CGGAAUACAAAAUUACGUGCUGAAAACGAUAGUGAAAAUGGACAGCGAUGAUAGCCUCGUAGAUGACGAGUUGCAACCUCAGGCGCUGGCGGUGCACAUUGAUGACAAUGACGAUUUUGACCUCAACAUUCCCCCAACCACUGGAAAUGAGUACUUGCGGCGAGUGAGAGAGGAAGCAAAGGAUUGUCCACAAAUUGUUGUAGCGGACAUCGACACAUCUCCUUUCCUGCAAAAACAGACUGUGAAGAUUAAAGAGCAUGGUGGGCGUUUUCCAGCUCCAAAGGGAUUUACACCAGAUCUUCAAUGGCAGAAGUUACAAACUGCUAACUUUGCUGAACUUCGUCAGAAUCUUCAGAGGCAAAAGAUUCUAAUGGCGAAGAAAGGACUGUUGAAGAGAGACAAACUGCCCCAAUGCAAUGAUGUAGAGAACUGGUGUCGCCUUUGCUUCGGAAGACUCAUGCCACCAGGGGUCUCUCAGAGAGAGGUCAAAUCGGAGGUCGUAAUGGAAGAGGAAACCAAACCCAAGCAUGAAGGUGUGCUUCCCCUGCUCAGCAUCAUUGCAGCAUUAGAUCAGCCCUCAGUCAUCAGAGUGUUGGAGUAUCAUAUUAACUGGUUCGAGGCUACAGGAUUUUCAGACAAACAGGGGAUGUGGUUCUAUGCACUGCUAACCAGUCUGCAGAAGCCCCUGUCCCCAGAGGCCUGCGCCCUGAUCAGAUCUUUGGCCCGCAGUUGUGGAAAUCUCAGGGCUACUUUGGAAAGUCCUGAAGAUCCACGCUUAGUUCCACUAAAUCUCUUCAUCUGCCUUGUAUCUCGCUAUUUCGACCAGACAGAUUUAGCAGACCCGGGCACCUGAAGAAUAAUUUUUUUAUUAAAGAAAUCCCAACGUUCUAUGUGCCAAAAAUACCGGUAAAUGACUACUGUAGCUGCCAGAACAGGGGAAGGAUAAACCGUUGUGACCAAAUGAAAAUACCGUCCCAGAUUUACCAUUUACUGUACGCAGAAAAGUGCUGCAUUUGUGAUUGCCAAUGACAACAAAAGUACAACAAUUAUGAGACAUCAAGUUCCUGUAGUUGUAUAAAUACAACAUUUAGAUUGACAAUCCUACAGCUUGUUUUUAUUCUGAGUAGAAUGUAUGCAUGAAACCAGUGGCUGUGUUCAUAGCAUACACUUGUCAGAUCAGCCCAGGACUGAACAUGCUGAAUGUGGUUGUGUUAACGUUUGCGUAUACAAUGUAUUGGGUUUGACUGUUUUCUUCUAUUAAAUGAAAUUAAACCUUAA